GCAGCGCUGCCCAAAUAGCGGCCGCUGAGCGGCGCCAAGAUGGCGUCGCGCUGUCUCGUUUGGCUCAUAAGCCUUCUGAUAUUCGACAAUGUCAUGUCCCUACGAACGACGGUCUCCGGACGCUUCACCCUUACAAAAACUGGAGCAACGAAUUUGUUAAAUUCUGACGUCUCCCGCACGGCACACAGCGCGUUGGCUCACCGGAGUCGGUCAGGUCACGCUGCCGCGGCCGCCGCACCCCGCUCCCAGCGCCUCCGCCUCGCCGCGGCGCCCGACGCCGAGCCGGACGCCGCCGCGACGGACGGCGGCGUCUUCGGCGCCGCCGCCCUAGCCGCAGGAAACAUGGUCGGCGGCGGCAUCCUCGCGAUCCCGACGGUCUGCGCCGGGCCGGGCUUCUACCCGGCGGCCGCGCUGACGAUCUGCCUGUGGGCCGCGAACGUCGGCACGGGGCUCCUCCUGGGCGAGGUCGCGGCCGCGGCCGUGCGCCGCGGCGACGAGGACGUCUCGCUGCGCGCGCUGAGCCGCGACGCCCUCGGCGAGAGCGGCGCGCAGCUCACGAGCGCGUUCUUCGUUGUCACGAAUCUGAUGCUCAUGGGCGCCUACGUCGCCGCGGGCGGCGACGCUUUGGGCAGCGCGGACGGCUACGUCGGCCACCGAAUCGCCUUCUUCCUCGCGGCGACACUGCUCGCGGGAGCGCCAUCAGUUCUGGCCGACGCCGCGAACUCGGGACUAGUCGUGGCCAUGGUCGGCGCGUUGGGGGCGCUCCUCGUCUUAGCAGCACCGUCUGUCGACCUGUCGCUACUCGCCCAACCUGGGACGGCGUCGGAACCUGGCAGUGCCCUGAUGACGGCGGCGCCGAUCCUGCUGGGCGCGCUGGUCUUCCAGAACGUCGUGCCGAUCAUCGCGAAGCGCUUCAAAGGUGAUACAGAAAAGAUCCGCGAGUCCGUGGUUCUGGGCUCCGCGGCACCAGCCGUCGCCUACAUCGCCUUCUGCGCGUCGGUCCUGGGCCGGCCCGGCGAGGCCGCGGCGCCCGGCGAACUGCUCGACGCCGCGCGGGGCCUGCCCGACGAACUGCGCGGCCCGGCCUGCGCCGCGCUCGCCGUCUUCUCGGUGACCGCCGUCGCGACGUCCUUCACGGGCGCCGCGGUCGGCCAGCUCGAGGAGAUCCGCGGCCUCGUCGGCGGCGAUGACGACGACGAUUCCUCGAACGAGGCCAUCGUCGCGGCGGCGUGCUUCCUCCCGCCGCUCGCGCUGGCGUUGUCCGGGCCGAACGUGUUCCUCCCGCUGCUCAGUUUGACGGGCGGCUACGCGAACACGUAUCUGUUCGGCCUGCUGCCGUGCUUGCUCGCGUGGAAACACCGCGAGGCCGCGGAAGCCGGCGACGAGAUCCUGCCCGGCGGCCGAUAUAGCUUGUCCGCGCUCGGAAGCGGGGCCGCCACCAUGGUCGUCUCCGCCGGCUUGGGCGAUGCCGCGCAUGCCAUAUCGACGGCCGUACCACACGUAUAGCCGUCCAAUUCGCAAGAAAGAAAAAAAGAAGAAAGAAUAUCGACAUACCCGCUCUCGUUCCUGUCCCAUAUGUACAUAGAAAGUAAGUUUACAACAGAC